AUGGGUGAAAAACCAAAGCAAGCCAGUCGUUCCAUGGUCAUUUUUUCGGUGUCAUUUUAUAUCACAACUGCACUUGUUAUGUGGGUUUUAAAUAAUGCAGCACUUCCCUUUACCUUACUUUUCUCACAACUUGUUAUGGCAGUAAUACUUUUACAUAUCUCAAGUCUUUUUGGCGUAGUACAAUUACCAAAAAUUCAAAAAGAUAUAUGUAUUGGAGUAUUACCACUAAUUGGAAUUAACGUAUUGGGAUUAAGUUUUAACACUGUUUGUCUACAAUAUGUUGAUGCAAGCUUUUAUCAAGUUGCACGUGCCUUAGUUCUUCCUUUCACAGUUUUAUUUACAUUCAUUGUCCUAAAGAAGAAAUCAUCAUACAUGAUACUUUUAUCAUGUUUUAUUGUGUGUAUUGGGUUCUUUGUUGGAGUAUCAUCGGAAAAACAAAUUUCGGUUUCACUUCUUGGCGUCUUCUAUGGCGUAUUCUCAUCGAUCACAACAGCAUUACACGCGAUUGUGAUAAAGAAAAGUUUGGCCGUCGUAAAGGAUAACACAAUGGACUUGGUUUAUUAUAAUAAUUUAUUAAGUUCCGUUUGUUUCAUUCCUUUGAUUUUGUUUACUGGUGAAGAAUUUCAAAUCUAUCAAAUGUUUUCUGAUUCUUCUGAAUCCUUUCACACCUUCUUAAUUGGAAUCGUAGUAACGGGAUUUUUUGGAUUUUUAAUCAACAUUGCAGGAUUUUUACAAAUUAAAGUAACAUCACCAAUAUCGCAUAUGAUAUCAUCAGCUUUUCGUGGUGUAAUACAAACUGUUCUUGGAGUAACAAUAUUCAGUGAUAUUCUUACUAUUGGACGUAUCGGUAGUAUUGGUAUAAUUCUAUUUGGAAGUUGCUUAUACACUUGGAUAAAAGAUUACGAAUCAAAACAAGUCGAUAAAAACCAAGCACAAGAAGAAAUCGCUAUGGAUGAAAAAGAUUUAGAAAGUGGUCAACGACUUCUUAAGACUCGAAAUGUUGAUUUCGUUAUUGAAGAUGACGACGAUGAAGAAGACGACAAUGUUGUGGUCAAAAAUAAGGAUUAUCAUCUUUUAACUACUAAUGAUAACAAAGAUUAA